GAACGAGCAUCAGUCGGUUAAUGCCGAUGUGUACGUGUACUUGUGUGAGUUCUGUCUCAAACUCUCAUCCAUUCAAGCUCAGCACACCAGAGAGGAGGACAACACUUGGACAGUCACCCUGAACCUUCCAAAAAACAUUUCAUUCACAUACUAAUUCAAUCAUCUUCCAGCAUGUUCUCCCAAUAUAAAAUCUUGUUGUUGAUGAACUGCCUGUUACUCCUGACGAUGAUGUUUCCUGCGGUCCAGUCGCGUCGGGGCGGGGGCUUCGGGCGUGGAGGAGGCCGAGGUGGAGGAUGGGGUGGCAGCAGCUCCGGUCGCGCAGGCUGGGGAGGAGGCGGUGGACAUUACCGUGCCCCACCAGCUCACACCGGAGGCUCCUCGGGACACAGCACUGGGAAGGUAGCAGGGGCGGCUGCCGCCGGAGCUCUAGGGGGAAUGCUGGUCGGACAUGGCUUGAGCUCCUUGGCCCGACCUGGAUAUGGGUACGGGCACGGGUAUGGAGGAUACGGAGGCUAUGGUGCGGGAUAUGGUCAUGGCCAUGGGUACGGACACGGUCACGGACACGGGCAUGGACAUGGACACGAAGGACACAAUGAGACAGAUGUGGAAUAUUACACAGAUGCUGCCAGUUCUAGACCCAUUUAUAGCUGUCUGACAGUUUUUGGACUCGUGAUGUCAUUCUUAUUUGGGUACUUUCUGUCAUAAGGGCCACUUGGCAUGGGUCAAUCUUGGGCACCUUCUUGCAUCUGUCACUUCUUUCAAUACAAAAAUAAUCCAACAAAAUAAAAAUAUGGAACAUGGACUAAAUGCAAUUUAGCAACUCUGUGCAUGAUCUCUGCCCAAGUUUUGUGUUAAAUUGACAGCAGAAAACAAGGUUGCAUUUGCUUGACUGGCGACUGUUUCCAAAGUUUUUUUGUUUCUGAAGCGAGAGUUAAGCACAUGCCUCAGAAGCCUGUAGAUUUUGUUUUCCAGAUUGUUGAUUUUUUUUUAUAAAUUAAUAAUGUAGUUUUUUCAUGAUUAGUUGAUAUGAAUAAUGGAAUUUAUUUUCCUUGAUACUUAUGCAAACAUGCAUUGAUUGUACUCUACUGAGCCAUUUCAACCUUCUCAAUGAUUUAAUCUGUUUGUUCCUGCCAUUUACGUCAGCGAACAUUGAAAAUAAAACAAGGCUUAUGGUAAAAUCACAUUAAACCAUAAUAAGCUUGACGAAGUGUGUCGAGACAAGAGCAAAUCUUGUUAAAGGGCUCGGGCACCCUCUACUUCACUUCCCCGAGCUCUUUAACAAGCAGCUGAUUGUCUUAAACCAUUAAGAUUCAAUCGCUUUCGCUUGUACACCUUCCUAAGUUUGUUUAUCAGUAUGUACGUUUAUUUUUGUACUGCUAAUUAAUAAAAACACUUCAUAAAAUA